AUGCUUGAUGCAAGCCACAAGGACCUUAGACGUGCAAGAGUUGCAGCUCUCAACAUUGUGCCAACCUCAACUGGUGCAGCUAAGGCUGUGGCCCUUGUCCCUCCCAGCGUCAAGGGUAAACUCAAUGGCAUUGCCCUGCAUGUCCCCACUCCCAAUGUAUCGGUUGUGGACCUUGUCGUUCAAGUAUCAAAGAAUACAUUUGUAAAGGAAGUGAAUGCUGCAUUCAGGGAGUCUGCUGACAAGGAGCUUGCUGGCAUUCUCUCUGUCUGCGAUGAGCCACUUGUUUCAGUCGACUUUAGGUGCUCUUAUGUUUCAUCAACUGUGGAUGUUUCACUUACCAUGGUCAUGGAAGAUGACAUGGUUAAGGUUAUUGUUUGGUAUGACAAUGAAUGAGGUUACUCACAGAGAGUGGUUGAUCUCGCUGACAUUCUUGCCAACCAAUGGAUAUGAAAAUGC